AUGGACUUUGAAGACAGGAGCCAGCUAAUGGUUAUUAAUUACUACCCUCCAUGCCCUGAACCCAAUAUAACCCUAGGAAUGCCACCCCACUCCAACUACGGAUUCCUCACUCUUCUUCUUCAGGAUGAGGUUGAGGGUUUACAAAUACAACACCAAGACAAAUGGGUUACCGUUGAACCAAUCGCUAAUGCCUCUGUUGUCAACGUUGGUGAUCAUCUUGAGUUCCCAGCCACCAACAAUGAGGCUGAAUAUGAAGCGAUAUUGACGGGGCUCAGAUUAGCCAAGUCCAUGGAAGCCAAAAAGGUACUCUUAAAAAGUGACUCCAGGUUAGUAAUCGGGCAGAUAAAAGGGGAUUAUGAAGAAAAAGAGCAGAGGAUGCAAAAGUACUUAAAAGUUGACGAACCAGCUUGCCAGAGAUCUGGAACAAGUAGAAUUUGUGCAAGUUCCAAGGAGUUUGAAUAUGGAAGCAAACAAAGUGGUGAGACAAGCAUUGUCAGAAACUAUGGACGACCCACUAGGAAUCAAGAUGGAGGUACAAAAAUUCCCCAGUAUAGAAAAGUUUCAUAUGUUUUCCAUACAAGGGAGCAUGAGCUGGACGACACCCCUCAUUUCUAA